ACGUACCAGCUUGUUAUGGUAAAGAGUUGGUUAGAUGGUGUUCAGCGCCCUGAAAUAGUAGGUGUAAGUGCCAGAUUUGGUGCAACAUUGCCCAGGUAUCUUUCUGAAGCUGUAAAAGGGCCUGCUCUUCUGACAAAUCCAGUCACUUCCUGUGGUAAAUUAUCCUCCAAGUUAUCUGGUACUAUUGCAUUGGCCAUGCGUGGGGAUUGUGACUUCACCGAUAAGGCAAAAGUUGCACAGUCCGCAGGUGCAGCUGGCUUGAUGGUGACUAGUGAUGAUGAAGAACUUUAUGAGAUGGUUUGCAGUAGAAAUGAAUCUGCCAUUAGCAUCACUAUUCCAGUCAUAAUGAUACCAAAAUCUGCGGGAGAUAAUCUUAGGAAAUCUUUGUCUAAUGGUGGCAGGAUGGUUGUUCUAUUGUAUUCUCCUAUUCGGCCAGUUGUGGACAUCUCAGCUGUCUAUCUGUGGUUAAUGGCUGUUGCAACUGUUAUCUGUGCUUCUCUUUGGUCCAACAUUGUUUUAGAUGACCAGGUUAAUGAUCCUUAUAAUCACCUCACAAGGAAGGAUCAGCCUAGCUCGGUUGAAAACAUCAAUGGAGCUAUAGAAAAAGAAAUAAUCGAAAUUUCUACGAAGGGAGCUAUACUUUUCAUUGUAGGAGCAUCCGUUUUUUUGUUGCUGCUUUACGUUUUUAUGUCAAAAUGGUUUAUAAAGCUGCUAGUUGUACUGUUCUGCAUUGGCAGUAUACUGUUUAUCAUGGUGUCACUUUUCUCAAGAAUGUUUAGGGGCUGUGGGAGGAUCACAUUAGAACUCCCCCUAUUGGGUGAGGUUACUAUUCUUUCUAUUGUAGUCCUACCGUUCUGUGUCGCAUUCGCCAUUGUUUGGGCCACUCAUCAGGAAUCAUCUUAUGCCUGGAUUGGCCAGGAUACCCUUGGUAUCUGUUUAAUGAUUACGGUGUUUCAAAUGGCUCAAUUGCCAAAUAUGAAGGUUGCUUCAGCUCUUCUUGUAUCUGCUUUUCUUUAUGAUAUAUUCUGGGUGUUCAUAUCACCCUUUAUCUUCAAGGAAAGUGUAAUGAUUGCGGUUGCUCGUGGUGGAAAUAGCGGAGGGGGUGCCAUUCCAAUGCUCCUUAGGCUACCUCGGUUUUUUGAUCCUUGGGGUGGUUAUGACAUGAUAGGCUUUGGGGACAUCAUAUUUCCUGGUUUGCUUGUUGCUUUCAGUCGUAGGUAUCUUUAUCUCCCCCUUAUCCUUAUAAUUCAAUUUUUUUUAUAAAAUUUAUUUUUACUGGUGAAGUGAGGAAACAUACGGUAUAUUUGUUUAUGCAAUUUUGAUUAAGGGGCAUUAUGCAAACUUGUGGAAAUAACUAGUGGGUUGUCUGAAUGUAAGAGUUGACAUCACGGUGACAUUGU